GGCUGUCAACUCUGUCACAUACACAUCGAUCACACAGUAUCUCUUUUCUUCUUUCUCUCUUUCACAGACGCAAAUGAACAUGGAAAUCUCCUUCCAAAUCAUCAAUCCUAAGCUAGCAACUAUGGUUCCAAUGCCAUCUAACCAGAAAGCCUAUAUUUCAUGCAGAGCUCAUGAUGGGUUCGCCAUGCACAAAAAGAACAAGGCCAGCAACUUUUAUGAGCUGCUUUCACUUGGUUCUGAGAAUAACAAUAAGGUAGGCUUGCAUGAGAUAAAGAAAGCCUACAGAAACAUGGCCCUUCAGUUCCACCCUGAUGUUGUCCCUCCCUCUGCAAAAGAGGAGUCUACAAGACGAUUCAUCGAGCUUCAACAGGCAUAUGAAACCCUUUCAGACCCGGUUUCGCGUCAAAUAUACGAUUACCAGUUGUGUUUGGGGAGCUCAUCGGUAGGCUUGGGAGUGGAGGGAUUAUGUAUGGAUCGGGUGAAGAGAUACGUGUUCAGCAAGGAGGUGUGGGAAGAACAACUUCGGGGAUUGCAUAAUAAGUCUCAAACUCGAUCGGGGAGGAAAAGCUACAGGCCGAUGUAGAUUUUGUUUCAUUGUUUUAUGAGAUUCUUUGAAUAUUGUUUCGAUUUAUAAAAUACAACUUAUGGAAGCUACUAUUUUUCAUCAUUUUUCACAAUAAUACCGUGGAAAAGUGAAAAGUGAUCAAACUAAUGAUAAGGUAAUAAAUGCAGAGCGUUGUAAACUUAA